GCACAGCACACGGCAGAUCAACUCUGAUCCUGGACCGGUCUGGACCAAAACCACUAAUCUGGACCAGGUCUGCACACGUGGACAUGCUGGACCUAAACCUGGACCGGACCUGAAACCUGGUUGAGGACAUGACGCCUCCAGCCCAGCUCCAGACCCUGAUGGUAGUGGUGGUCCUGAUGGAGGUCCCAAACCAUGUAGGUCUUCUUCGUCUUCCUCCUCCUCUCAGAGUCUCCAUGAAGUCCAUCAACAUGAGACACACUCUGACGUGGCGCCCCCUGCAGGCCGCCUGCAACACUACAGUCCUGUACUCGGUCCAGUACCAGGGGGAGUUUGAGCUGCAGAUCCUGAACGGCCACUGGGUGGACGCUCCGGAGUGUCGGCAGAUUCCCGACACGCGCUGCGACCUGACCUUUGACCUGGGGUCCGAUUCCGACUACAACGUCCGGGUCCAGGCUCAGUGCGGACAGGACCUGUCCACCUGGACCCAACUGGACCGGACCUUCAACCGGAGACACACCGUCCUCACAGCUCCAGAGAUGGCGGUGGCAGUGGUGGGCGGUACUCUUCAGGUGUCCUUCAGCAGCCCCCCCCUCAUGGCCUCCAUCAGGGUGACGGUGUGGAGGAAAGGCCACGAGCAGCGGGCUGACGUUUACAUAAUUCCUGCAGAGCAGACAGAGUUGAGUGUCACCGCCCUGGAGGAAGGAGUGGUGUACUGCAUCAGAGCUCAGACUGUUGUGGACUCAGACCUCCAGAGCAGCAGCAGUGAUGCCUACUGCCAGUCCAUUCCAGGUUCAGGUGCAGAAGGUUUGUGGAAGAAGCCGACCACUGUGGCGUUCACGGUCAUCUGCACGGCCGGCUUCCUGUUCGCGGUGUUCUGGUCCAUCAUUCACUGUCCUCCAGGAACCUUCCUGAAACUUUUCCACAAAGAACCCCUUCCCCUUUCGCUGAGAUCUGAUUGGGAGGCUCAGACGCCAAUGACCCAUCAGGGGGAGGAGCUUUGUGAACAGAUCCAUGUGGUGCCGAUUGUGGACCCUUAAACCCAGACCGUCUAAACCAGUGGUUCUUAACCUGGGUUCGAUCGAACCCUAGGGGUUCAGUGAGUCAGUCUCAGGGGUUCUCUGGAGGUCAAGACACACACUCGACUCAUUAGUCAGGUGUGUGUGU